UGUCGUGAACAAUCUCUUUUGUCUGUUGUAAGCGAAUGUCAAUGUUCAACAAGUGAAAGACCUACUGCCCAAGAAAUUAUGAACAUUUGUUUUGCGAGUGCUGGCACAAAUCAUUGCACUUCUCUUGAUGAAGAGACUUUAGAGUCUACUAGGCCACUAAACGGUUCCGAGCUGUUGCAAGUAGAAAGCGAGAGUUUGGAAGAGACACAAUUGUCUGAUGAAACAACGUGUACGGACAUUGUCGCAUCUAGUCGUUUGAGUACAACUUCCUUACAAGAUGAGGAAAGUCAUGUAGUGCAAUCACUGCAAGAUACAGACAGAUUUAGGAGACUGAGAGAAAUAUCUGAGAGAUACCUCUCGAUUUCGAUCGGAGGUUCUAGUUUACUUGACAUUAUCUGUAUUCCAGAAUGGCACUUUAGACGUAACUUUCCUCAUCCUGGUGAAACAGUGAUGGCUGCGAUCGACGGGAAAAUCUUGACUGGCAACAGAGGUCGAAACGAAAUGUACAUAACAGACAGCAAUAGUGGGGAACUGCUUCACACUGCCAUAUUUCACAAUAGCAGUGCUGCCUUUGAUGAAAUAUUUAUAUCUGAUGGCAAGAUAUUUUCUGUUUUUGUAGAUGAAGUUACAUGGCAGCUCAGCGUCCAUACCUACUCAUUAACAGAUGACAAAUGGACACUAGCAUGUGAGAGACCUCCUAAUAUUGAACUGGCUGCAAUUGCGCUAGCGGUAGUAGGAGACAGAGUAUUUCUCGCAGGAGGCUAUAACAGAAGAAGAGAGAGGGUAGCCAAUGUCUUCAUGUUUAACACAACUACUAGAGAAUGGCUACGGUUGCUUAGCAUGCCUCAGGCAAGGUCUGGCUGUUCUAGCUGCAUAUACAACGGCUGCAUUUGCUACGCAGCUGGAACAGAACGUGGACAGGUACAAAGCAAAGCUGUUGAACUUAUGUCUCUAGAUAACUAUGAAUGGACGUCGUUGCCCUCAACUACGACAGCUGCAGGAGACGUGACGACUAUUCAUGGUACUCUAGUCGCUACAGGAGGUGUGGAUGAUUCAGGAACGGUAUCACGACGAGUCGAGUUCUGGGACUAUCAUCAAAACUUAUGGAUGCCAUUACCAAAGCUUUCACAGAGGCGAUUCAAUCACUGGAUGGCAGUCGACGUCGAUGGAGAUUAUUCGCGCAUUAUUGUAACUGGUGGCUACGAUAAAAAUUGUCAUAUGACAAGUACAGUAAAAGUCAUUGAAUUUUAAAUAUUAUUAUAGGAACAAACUAGUUGUUGUUUUAAACUUAAGGCUGAACUUUUUCUUAACUUUAAUUAAUUAAUUAAUUAAAGCCGUUUCUCAAUGCACUCAUUGAUAUUUCCUUAGCCUCUAUACCUAGGAGCGCGA